AUGGCGCAAAAUCAAAAGUGGGAAGAAUACGUCGAUAGAAUCCAUUACUCUGAUCGGUACUCUGACGACAGCUAUGAAUAUCGACACGUUAUCUUACCAAAGCCGCUCUUGAAGCUAAUUCCUAAAAGUUACUUUGAACCUGACGAUAGUGGCGUAUUGCGCAUUUUGAGCGAGACAGAAUGGCGAGGAAUCGGAAUCACACAGAGUCUUGGUUGGGAACAUUAUGAAGUGCACGCCCCCGAACCUCACGUUUUACUCUUCCGCAGGGCAAAAGCCCCGGCUGCGCAGCCAGCCAAGGCACCAACAGCGGCGAGCAAACCUGCUGCCAAAGCCCGUAAAUAG